UCAGGAAGGCGUGUGAUUCGACUGUGGACAUGGCUGAAUGUUGCACUGUAACACAUCUACACACAGAUAUAUUGUUGUUUAUCGUCGGGAAAGCGGCUGAGCGACUUCAGUAGUUGUGUUUUAAUGGCGGGGGGUACUUUAUUCAACGAGUUUAUCUUGGCAGAAGCGUCGUGAAGUGUUUUUUCAGAGCCACACAGCUGCAGGAGGAAACAGGCCAAAGUUUUGUUUGGCUUGAGCUCAUCAUGCUGCGGGAGCUGCUGCUGGCCGCUGCCUUGUUGUCAUGUUGCAUCGGACAGGCAAAGAGGAGAAAUGUCCUCUUAAUAAUAGCUGAUGAUGCAGGUUUUGAGACAGAAGUGUACAACAACUCUGUGGUCCGCACCCCCCACCUCCGCUCGCUGGCCCGUCGCAGCUUGAUCUUCCAAAACGCCUUCACCUCGGUCAGCAGCUGCUCCCCGAGCCGCUCCACCAUCCUGACCGGCCUGCCACAGCACCAGAAUGGCAUGUACGGGCUUCACCAGGGCGUCCACCACUUCAACUCAUUUGACGGCGUACAAAGCCUGCCUCUGCUGCUCAGCCAGGCCAACGUGCAUACAGGUAUAAUUGGGAAAAAGCACGUGGGUCCAGGAUCUGUCUACCCUUUCAACUUCGCCUACACGGAGGAAAACAGCUCCGUCCUGCAGGUGGGCCGGAAUAUCACCCGGAUCAAACUCCUGGUCCGGAAGUUUUUCCAGACUCAUAAAGAGGAAGCUGUCGAGCGAAGGGAAAAGCAAAAGGGGAACAAAGGAGGAAGAGAGAACAGAGGAGAAGAAGAGAGGCCAUUUUUCCUCUAUGUUGCGUUUCAUGACAUCCACCGAUGCGGACACUCCCAGCCUCAGUAUGGAGCUUUCUGUGAGAAAUUUGGGAACGGUGAGAUGGGAAUGGGAAGAAUUCCUGACUGGACACCAGAAUACUACAGUCCAGAGCAAGUUAAGGUUCCCCCUUUUGUACCAGAUACACCUACAGCACGAGCAGACUUAGCCGCCCAAUACACCACUGUCAGCAGGCUGGACCAGGGUAUUGGUCUGGUGCUUCAGGAGCUGAGAGACGCUGGUUAUGAGAACGACACUCUGGUCAUUUACAGCUCAGAUAACGGCAUCCCCUUCCCGAAUGGCAGAACCAACCUGUACCGCUCCGGCACGGCAGAGCCCAUGCUGGUUUCAUCUCCAGAGCACAGGGAGCGCUGGGGAGACACCAGUCAGGCCUACGUCAGCCUCCUGGAUAUCACUCCCACCAUCCUGGACUGGUUCUCUGUUCCCUACCCGUCCUACAGCCUCCCCGGCAGCCCCGCGGCCCCGGUCCACCUCACCGGCCGCUCCUUGCUGCCGGCGCUGAUCACAGAGCCUGGCGACUGGCUCACCGUCUAUGCCAGCCAGUCCCUGCAUGAGGUGACUAUGUACUACCCGACCCGCUCAGUCCAGCAGGGGGCGUACCACCUUCUCCACAACCUGCACUACCGCAUGCCGUUCCCCAUAGACCAGGACUUGUACGUGUCACCGACUUUCCAAGACCUGCUGAACCGCACGCAAUGGCAGCGGCCGACACACUGGUUUAAGAGCCUGGAGCAGUACUACUACAGAGACCGCUGGGAGCUGUACGACACCAGGGCGGACCCACAGGAAGUGAAGAACCUGGCGUCAGACCCGUCUUACAGCUCUGUGCUGGAGAGCCUGAGGCAGCGGCUGCAGAAAUGGCAGUGGGAGACAGGCGACCCGUGGGUCUGUGGACCAGACUACGUCCUGGAGGACAAACUGGAGCCACAUUGCAGACCGCUCUACAACGGACUCUGAAGAGCUCUAUAAAUGACUGAAUCCUAUCAAAGAGGGCUGCGUUGGCCCGGCUACACACUGGCCUCAUAAUGGCACAGUGGUGGACUCUGUGGGCCAGCAAGGUCAAUGUAAACUAUUGACCUGAACGACUUUGGUGUAAUUGACUGUGUGCGCACUGCUUUUCAGAUCUGGAUUCUUUGUUAGUACUUAAAGGUGGGUACUGAUCUUAAUUUUGAUGAUGUCCACACACACACGCACACACAUGCACACACACACACACACACACACACACACACACAUAAAAUGAACAAGUUUUUCAUAUUUAAAAUUGUAUGGAAAUGCUGUUUCUGUAGUUCAAGAAUAAAGUCAACUUAUGUUGUGUUUUUCC